GCAUUAUCGAUUCCUCUCCAUUUGCUAUGAGUUGUGCGAGCCUUACUGGUGUGGUCGCUCUUGAGAACGCACGUCAGGUGCCUGGAAAGGGCAAAACCCUCAUCUUUGAUGCACAGUUUUACCUCGGUGAGACGUCUGAUACCCCACCGGAGCCUAUCACGAUGGUUGGCGGUCUACGGUAUUACAAUAGCAAUAAUUUGUCUUUCAGUCAACCAGGUCUCUACUUUGUGCAUGCCAUAGUCGCAAAAUAUGAGAAGAAGGCCUACGACGAACUAUACUCCUCCGUACUCGGGGGGGAUGAUUACGACAUAGUAGGGGAUAUAAUAAUGCUAAUUCCUAUUCCCAAUGCCGACAAAGACACUGGCCGCCACAUCCCACUUUUGCAAGUGUGCGGGUCUGUAUUUGAGGCAGACAAGAACUCCGCGACAUUCGUAAUCAACGCCGAACAGCGCACGCAGGUGCUUACAGACGGUAUCUUGCCGGUUACUGCUGCUUUCCCUACGGAGAGCGCGCGGUUCAAAAACAAAAUUCCGCUGCCCGGUGUUGGUACCAUAGUCUAUGUAUGUGGUCCUAUCAGUGAUGUGAGACGAAUCGACAAUGGUGCACCCGAUCGAUUCCACUUUUCUGUGGAGCAGAUCCAGUUCCUGGCUAAAAGCCCAGUUCCACCUCGAGCUAUCAAUCCCACUCCACCAAAGGCCCCUGGGCGGAAGAAAUUACAAUUUAACUUCACCCCGAACAACAGCAGCUCGCCUCCACCGGCGCUGUCCCCUCUUUCGUCGCCUCAGUCGUCACCGGCUCGCCCGCAAACGCCGACUCCGUCAAGUAACACUCGCGCGAGCAAACGUGCCAGGACAGACUCAUGAGGUCUUCUUACCAAUACCACUGAUCAUCGUAGUAGGCUCAUCGUCG